CAGGCUGGGCGCGGCGGAGGGGAGAGCUCCGAGGAGGCCGGGGCAGCUGAUGGUUUUGGCGAAGUGCCUUAAGGUAGCUCGGCCCGACCCCUCGUCCCCACCUACCUCUCGCCCUCUCCCCCUCUCUGCCACCAUCCUGGCCCCCCUCCCUCAUGACCGCCUGGAUCCUCCUUCCUGUCAGCUUGUCUGCCUUCUCCAUCACGGGCCUAUGGACUGUGUAUGCCAUGGCCGUGAUGAACCGCCACGUGUGCCCCGUGGAGAACUGGUCCUAUAAUGAGUCUUGCUCUCCUGACCCCACUGAACAAGGGGGCCCCAAGACCUGCUGUACCUUGGAUGAUGUGCCCUUCAUCAGCAAGUGUGGCACAUAUCCCCCCGAGAGCUGCCUCUUCAGCCUCAUUGGCAACAUGGGUGCUUUCAUGGUGGCCCUGCUCUGCCUCUUGCGCUACGGGCAGCUCUUGGAGCAGAGUCGGCACUCAUGGCUCAACACUACAACCCUCAUCACAGGCUGCACCAACACCGCAGGCCUGGUGGUGGUAGGGAACUUCCAGGUGGAUCACGCUAAGUCUCUGCACUAUGUUGGGACUGGAGUGGCCUUCUCUGCUGGCCUGCUCUUCAUCUGCCUGCACUGCGCCCUGUCCUACCACGGAGCCUCUGCCCCCCAGGACCUGGCUAUUGCCUACCUCCGAAUUGUACUAGCUGUCAUCGCCUCUGUCACCCUCAUCCUCAGUAGCGUCUUCUUCAUGCACGAAAACUUUCAGCUGCAGCACGGUGCGGCCCUGUGCGAAUGGGUAUUUGUUCUUGACAUCCUUGUGUUCUACGGCACCUUCAGCUAUGAGUUCGGGGCCGUCUCCUCAAAGACACUAGUCGCAGCACUGCACCCAGCCCCGAACCGGGCCUACAAGGCCUCUGGGAGCAGCAGCACCUCCACUCACCUCAACUGUGCCCCUGAGAGCAUCGCCAUGAUCUGAGGCUGGGGAGCAUUGAGGGCCUUCGUGGCCUCCAUAGCUCACCACACCUCUCUUCUGCAUUUCUUUUGUACCAAAAAUAACCUCAAUUGCAUUGGGCUCUAGGCUCCCUGUCCUAGAGGAGCGGUCUGCACAUACCACAAUGCCAAUGAGGAGUGGGCUCUGGUACCUGGUACCUGCCAGUGCUGCACACUCUGCCCUAUACACACUGUUUCCCUGUCCAAGGGGAACCUCUCAUUCACCCAGCCAGCCUUUCCGGUGUCUUCAACACCCUGGUGCCAAAGCUAAAUCACUGGGGUUUCCUGCUGCAUGACUGGAGGCUGGGAACAGCAAGACAGAAAGGAGGAGGUAGAGGGCUGAGCAGGCCUUAGACUCUGAGAAGCCCUCUUACAGCUCUCAGAACGCUCCCCACUGCCCCUGACUUUCUUUAGGGCAAAAUAACACAACAGAACCACAUGGUAUUUUAGUAUCUUUUUUUAUAUCUAUUAAAAGAAUUCUAAUUUGCA